GGUAUCAACAAUAUCUUUAAGUAGGGUGUCUGAAGAGUGAAGAGUUAAACAAGCUCUAACCAUUUAUCUGGCAACAUUAUGAAUUCUGAUGAUUCAAGUUCUCAACAAUUCUCCUCCAAGAAAGGCAGGCUUUUACAGGAAGAUAUUAACAGCUGUCGGAGUAACAGCCCUCUGGGGCUGAGACUAGACAAAACACAAUCAUUUAUAAGUUUAGUUGAAUCAAAGCUUUCUAAGACGAGAAAGUCGAUGGAUUCGGAGAAGUUGAAGGCUUCAAAUAUGUCUGCAACAUUUGUAAAAAUUGGAAAUUGGGAGAUGUCGGCGAGGCAUGAAGGUCAUAUAGUAGCAAAAUGCUACUAUGCGAAAAAGAAAAUUGUGUGGGAAAUUCUGGAGGGAGCAUUGAAGAGGAAGAUUGAGAUACACUGGGCUGACAUCAUCGGGAUUAAUGCUAUGAUCAAAGAUGGUGAAUGUGGAAUCUUAUUAAUAGAGUUAGGGCAUCCACCUGCAUAUUACAGGGAAUUUGAUCCGAUGCCACGGAAGCAUACUGUUUGGCAGCAGGCAUCAGAUUUUACUGGUGGACAAGCUCCCUUGCACAGGAGACACCUACUUAUCUUUCCUCCCGGGGUUCUUGAUCGACAUUAUGAAAAACUUCUGCAAUUUGACAAACGUUUGUUCGAGUUGAGCCAGAAACCAUUUCCAACUCAGAACAAUCAAUACUUCCACUCAAAUAUUCUUGGCUAUACACCUUAUCCUAGCAGCAGUAUAUUAACUCUCAACCGGCAGUCUGACCUCACAAAAUUUCAAACAAGGUGUCACGAUCAAAUUUAUGAACAAACUUCGGGUUUUGGUAUUGUGGAUACAUCCUCACCAACAUCAGUUAUGGAUUUCCCCGUGGAUGUGGCAGAAAGGAACUCCCUGCUUAAAAAUCAAGGGACAGUUUAUUCUACUCCAGGACAAUCAUCCAACACUAUGGAUUUACAAUACUCAGGUUAUACCUACCAAGAUUGUCAGCACAGAGCUUAUAGGGAGGACCUAGGAAUGGCUUUCGGAAUUGGUGGAAUACAAAUUACUGAAAUUGAACAACAUUUGCUUGGUGACUCUGAAGUUGUUGGGACCGAUGAUGCCGCUCUCUUAGCAAGAGUUAGUUCACUGCAUUCAUUUUUUGACCUAGAUGAAGGGAAUCUCACAAAAGAAAGCAGCAUUGUUGCAAGUCCAAUGAUUAUUGAAGAUGGAUAUUUUGGUUAUCGUUCAGGAGCUAGCGUCGACCUACAGUCUUACAAUGGAACCAUCCCGUUAUAUCCAUCAACAGGCCCAUCAGCUUCUGUCGAUCUCUUGCCAGUUCAUGAUUGUGAAAAUUUAUCACUCGAUCCUUUUCGAGGCAUGUGUCAUUGGUCAUAAAUUGUUGUGUUACAAAUUGUACAAAAUCUCCUUUUCCAGACAAGUGACUAUGCAGGUUCUCAUA